GGGCUCGUCACGCGGAGCACAUGCCCGGCGCAACGCCCAACAGACCGUGAGUCCUCCUGCGAUGCGCCCGACUGCGCCGACGUUCCUGCCACGUACCCGCACGCUGCAGGACUCCAACAGCUAACUCUCCCCCGUAAUGCAGCCCCAGCAGCAGCUUAGCCAGAUCGAAAAGUCAGUCACCCAUCUGCUCGUCGCAACCAAGCAACUGCUCGAAACUCUCACCCUAUGGUCCCGCGGAACCGCCACCGAGAGCGAGGUCUCCGACGUGUACGUACGUCUGGGCUAUGAAUUCAACAUCGCCUCCCGAGCGUUCAACGCUAUUGGAGUCGACACGCAAGACCUUGGAAACGUCCCAGAACUGCUGCGCGGCAUCUUGGAGGAGACACUCAGCCAAGAAGCGUCCCAGGCCAGCCUCGACAACUUCCUCCCUCGCAUACGAGACAUCAUCAUUAAUCUGCUCCAUGGCCUGAAGAAGAAGCAGCAGCGUCUUCGCCAGCGGAAUGGUGCGGCGAAUGGAGGUAGUCCUCGGCAGGGAAGCGUCGGCAGUGUGGGAGAAGUGGAGGAACCUCAGCAGGCACGCGCCGCCAGCACACGUCUUCCACCGCGUCAAGAGAGCGACUUGAUUUCAGAUGGCCCAGACCUUCCUCCGCGGUCAUCUUCCGUACCUGGAAGAGCCUCGCCGAGCAAAUACGAUGCAUUGCCCUCGAAUCCAAGAGCAAAUCGCUCUACCAACGCCAGCCAACUGUCGACCGACUCCUCCAUGUCUAGCACUACCGCGCAACAGAUACCUGUGAUUGCGCCGUACCCGUCAGAAGAUCCGAUGCCAAAGUCUCCUGAACCCCGUAAUCAGCAAGAUUGGCCUGCCAAUUUCCCUCCUCCACCGCCGCCACCUCCACAGCAGCAAGAUGCCCUGGCAGCUCUACAACGAGGUGGAGAACUGGAAAGACGGGCCUCGCGGCGGUUUUCUGCGUACCAGAUCCAGAAACACCUGGGUACGAACGGGAUACCCAUGCCGCCCGUACAAAACUCUCCUAUACCGAACCGAGGAAGGGACGUUCGGGAAUCUAUGAAUGCGGUUCGCGUUAGGGGAUCAGUGCUCCACAAUCGCCAGCGGUCAAACGUUCGACCUGCUGUUGAGACUCAGUUCGAGAAGCCCAACGAUGUGCCCCGGCGCAUCUCCGAGGAAAGCUCUCAGAGCUCUGCACCGAGCUUCCAACCAUCACAGGAACCUGCUCCUGACGACAGUCCUAUGGCAAAGACCCCCGAGGACAAACUUGGUGCUUCCACAUAUCCUGAAGGCGAUACUCCCGAGCUUGGAGCCACGCUUAAUGGCCCCUUGGUAGAGCCCGCAGGCAUACCCUCGGAAUCGCCAAUCAAAGAGCCCCGAAAACCUUCUAGCAUCCCCGCUCGAAUGAACUCGCGCAGGAUGAAAACUCCGUCCCCGUCACCACAACCUGAACAAUUCGUACCUGAGCAAUCGCCGCAAGCUGGCAAGGAACUCACGAUAUUCUUGCAGUAUAAGAGCAAGAUCCGAAAGUACGUCUUCUCGGAUGGCGCAGAUCUAAACCCCGGGAGAUUGCAGCUUGCCUUCAUUGAGAAGUUUGCAUGGGAUACGCAUCGUAACGGCGAGCUCCCGGAAAUUCAUAUACAAGAUCCCGUCUCUGGCGUGAGAUAUGAACUCGAGGACAUGAACGACAUCAAAGAUAGAUCAGUCCUCGUAUUGAACGUCGAACAGCUCGACGAGGUAAAGAAUCAUAUCGACGACAAAUUCAACGGUCUGAAUCGUCUCGUGGAGAGCAUCAAGAGCGUUGUUGAGGAUCAGCAAUCCGCUAUCCAGCGCGUUGCCGAACGCCAACAGCAGACAUCCAAGGAAUUGGCGGGCAUCGCUGCUGCUCCCACACUAUCUUCAGCUCGUGCUUCCGCCUUACUAACUCCUAGCUCACCAAUGCCGACCGGUGGCUCCUCUGAAGUAUCAUUCUCGUCCGCUGCCCAGCUUAGCGAAGUACAGUCACUGCGUAGAGAUCUCGCCGUUGUCAAACAGACUUACUCGUCUAUGGUGGCUGAUAUCGAAGCAAGCAUGUCUACCAUCCGAACUAAAGCUGCCGCCGUGAAGUCUACCGCUGUCAAGGCAUCAUUGCCCACUCUUGAAGGCGAUACUGGUCGGGCGUAUAUCAAUGAUGGCAAGAAGACGUUGCAAGAAGAUUCGGAGAAGAUGGUUACCCGCGUCGAUGACAUUCAGGACCUGAUCGAGGACUUGCGGAAAGAUGUCGUUACUCGAGGUGUCAGGCCAUUGCCUCGUCAGCUCGAAAUCGCGGCCAAGGAUCUCUCCAAGGCCACAUCCGACCUCAAGAGGCUGCAAGAGCUUCUUUCGAAAGAGAAGCCGCUGUGGACCAAGAUCUGGGAACAAGAACUUCAGACCGUCUGCGAAGAAAGAGAUCUUCUCUCUAUGCAGGAAGAUCUGGCCGCUGACUUACAAGAUGACCUUGAGAAAGCUGCCGAGACUCUUGAGCUUGUGGAGCAAGCAACCAAGCAGCAGAACUUGCAGACUGAAGACGGGAAGGGGCAAGGUACGCGCUCGGCAUCUGGGCGUAAUCUGCUUCAUGCUGUCGUUCUUGAUAAGGCCGUCGAUCCCCGCCAGGCCCGAGAUGGUGUGCUGGGUGAGGUCAAGGCUCUGCAGCCAAAUCACGAGAGCCGACUGGAAGCUAUCGAACGCGCCGAGAAGGCCCGACAACGCGAACUUGCCAACCGCGAUGGAGGAGAGUUUAAGAAGGAGCUUGGCGAGUUCGUCAGCGAAGGCAAGCUCAAGAAGAGCGGUGGAGUCGAGGAAGUGGAGCGCCUCCGCAAGGCAAAGGAUGAGCGCGCUCGCAAGGAGAAUGCAGAGUUGCAAGUCGCACGAGCUCAAGCCAGGGCUGAGAAGCAAGCCGCAGAGGCUGCUGCGGCUGCCGCGGCUGCAACGAACGGCGACGGCACGGAAGAGAAAGAGGCAGAGGUUGCACCCGAGGAGGCGGACCAAGAAGCAAAAGAAGAGCGGGCAUCUACCCCUGAAGGUGGUGCCGCAUGAUCUUCGCACUGAACAGAAUUGGUUCGUGCUAAUUUCGUGCUCGCCAGACUGUCCUCAGCUCACGUUCACGGUCCGUCCUUGGGUGAAGACUGGCUUGUCUCUCCACGGCCUACCUAGUCAUGUCCUCGCAGAUCCAUCAAAAGAGAAACCGAGCGCGACGAUUCCCCUCGUGGACUCGCCAAAUUGUCUCGAAGCCGACACACCGCACACUUCGCGGCCUAGCUCCGCACCUAACUCCCGCUCAACCCCUACACCAUCCGCGCCCCUGCAUAUCUCUGCGUCCACUUCAGCGUCCCGCCCGAGGUCAGCUGAAGACACGUU